AGAUGAUGCUUGAUGAGGAUGAAGGCAGAGAACAGGGGGAGGAGGAAGUGCUCUGCACAGAGGACACAGUGAUAGCUGCAUAGGGGAACCAAAUCAAUCAAGAAGCCAUAGCGUAAAGGCUUGCGCAGGGCUGGUUUUAUAGAAAUCCCAUUCUAUUGUACAGAGACAUCAUGGCCAGCCAGUCACAGGGCAUCCAGCAGCUGCUGCAGGCUGAGAAGAGAGCAGCCGAGAGGGUGGCGGAGGCCAGGAAACGCAAAGCCCGCAGGCUGAAGCAAGCAAAAGAGGAGGCACAAGGGGAGAUCGAGCAAUAUCGCCUGGAAAGAGAGAGGGAGUUCCAGGCUCAGCAACGCAUGGCCUUAGGUACACAGGGCGACCUGUCCUCUGAGGUGGAGGCACGGACCCGCAAGACACUGCAGAUGGUUCAGACUAGUCAUGGAAAGAAUAAGGAAGUCGUGCUGAGGAGACUGCUAAGCUUGGUGUGUGACGUGAAGGCCGAACUUCACCCCAACUAUCGUUUCACCAACUAUUGAGUUUCAGUGCUCCCCACUCCCCUUUUUGUGCAAAUGCCUGCAAUGUGUCCUACAGGAGGAGUAUGGAGUUGAAGUCCUUACACAGUCUAUGGCUGUUUCACUACCCACAAUCCUCUGUUGCUGUUGUCAAUCGGUGAGACACGUUUAAAUGAAAUAAAGACGAAACUUGUCAUGUGAA